UACUCGCAGGGAUGCGCAGCUCGCCCGUGGGGAUUCCACACCCCCCAGGAUAUGGGGUUUUGAAUCCCGGGGGAUGGCGUUUUGAACUCUCGCAUCACGGGGUUUUGCAUCCCGGGGGCUGCGGGUUUGCAUCUCGGGUGCAGGCAGCCGCAGGGAUGGGGAUCUGCAGCCCCCACGGUUGGGGUUUUGCACCCCCACACGGGGUUUUGCAUCCCGGGGGCUGUGGGUUUGCAUCUUGGGUGCUGGCAUCCCCGGGGUUGGGGGGUCUGAACCCAACAUCUUGAAGAUCUGUAGCCCCAGCGGUUGCUGUUUUGCAGCCCUGGGGUUGUGAGCUCGCAUCCCUGCAGGUUGAGGUUCACACCUUGGCUUUUGGGGUUUUGCACCCCUGACACCUGUGGGCUCUCUGGCCCUCACACUGCAGGUUUAAGUUUGCCCUGAGUUUUACUGUUUCCUGCCAGCUCUUCGGAGAGGAGCAGCAGACUCACUUCUGCAGGGUUUGAUGCACGGUGGUGGAGCAGACGAUGCUCGCAUGCAGCCCAACUCCAAGCACCGAGUGGGAAUGGACUGUGUUGUCCUGCAUGCUGCAUCCCAUGCUGCUCUGAUGCUUCACCCAGCUGUGGCCGUGGUCAGGUUUGAAGGUAAGGAUCGUGCUUGCUGCUGGUGUAUUUCCAGACCUGCCCUAGAGUUAUUCUGCGCUGAUUUGGGGGUGGGAAGAAAUCAUCUUUCGUACUAAAAAUGCUACUCUGCAGAUGGAAAAGGAGAGAGUAGUGCUGGGCAGUGCUUGCUGGUGCAGCUGUCUUUUAGGCAUGCUUUACAUACCUGAAAAGCUUUGUGGGUCCCUUCCAACUCAGGAUAUUCUGUGGUUCACUGCUUUACAGGUGGGAGCACAGUGGGGAGGCAUAGCUGCAUGUUGUCCUGUGCUUUUCCUUGGUUAGCAGGGUUUGGCAGCAAAGUACAUCUCUUGGAAGGAUGGCCCAUCCUGUUUUGUCCCAGAAGUUUUAAGAUUACUGCUUUUCUGUGUUAACAAGGCUCCAGGUGACUCAGGAGAAGCAUUUCUUAGCAAGUAAGAAAGAAGUUGUUGGCUAAUCUGUGUAACACAGUGUGCAGACGCAAUUCCAGACUCUAUGUGAGGAUGCUUGAAAUGCAGCCAGGAGCAGCAGGACCCUGUUGUCUGCACCCUGACCCAGCUCUGGGGUUUCAAUCAUCCAACAACCUUCUUUUUGCUGAGUAUUUCUUGCUGGAGAAAUGGCAUAGAAGGCCAGAUUAGGAGCGCCUGAUUUCCAGCUGCUCAGUGUGUCUUUGUGUCAUAACCAAACAAUAAUACACGUGUUUCUUCGAUGCUUUGUGAAUGUGGAUAUGUUUGUCACCUCUGUUUGAGCACUGUUGUGUCCUUCUAGAUGUAUCCUGCAUUAUAAGCAGCUUGCUGUUAGAAUUCUCACUAGGAAAGACCUUCUAAGCCAGCCUGUACCAGUAACUAAGGUGGUACUCGAGCAUCAUAGAGAGACUGCAAAGACAGACUUCUCCUUGAAGUUUGAAUGCAGCACGUGCUCACGGAUCAUCACCAGAGCAGCUGUGUGAGAGGUUUUAAUUGCCAAGGAGAACUUCAGCCAGCACAGCACGUUGUACCAGACACUUCUGAGCUGAUGACCAUGGGAUGGUGAUGGCAGAGGCACAGCAGGCUCUUAACGGUGGGAAGAUGCUGAUGGACAAAAAUGAGUCGUGGCUCUCUAAUUCGUCUUCUACGUCAUCCUUUGUGAAAGGAGCUGGCAGAUGGGCAGGGAUCGGCCUCCAGGAGGUGGCCAUCGGGCUCGUACUGACCCUCAUUGACUUGGUCACACUCCUGGGAAAUACAGUAGUCUUUAUUUGCCCAGUGGUGGAAAAGAGGCUGCGGACUGUCACCUACAUGUUUAUCAUGUCUUUGGCCAUGGCAGACUUCCUUGUGGCUUGCCUUGUCAUGCCGUUCAGCAUCAUUUACGAGGUGACGGGGAUGUGGUUAUUCGGGAAGCUGUUCUGCAAGGUCUGGAUCUCCUUUGAUGUCAUGUUCUGCACUGCUUCCAUUGUCACUCUGUGCUUUAUCAGCUUGGACAGAUACUGCUCUGUGGUGACCCCAUCUCACUAUUCCAGAAGGAUGUCCCGUGGCAGAUGCGUUGUGAUGACCUGCACAGUCUGGGUAUACUCCUCCCUUAUUUCCUUCCUUCCCGUCAUGAAGGGCUGGAAUGAGAUCCCCGGGGUGGAUUUUGAUGCAGGCACGGAAUGCAUCUUCGUCACCAACUGGAUUUUUGCCAUCGUAGCAUCUGCUCUUGCGUUUUUCGUCCCCUUCAUGGUCAUGUGCAGUAUGUACUUCUUCAUCUAUCGAGCUUCCCGGCUCAAGGCCACUCGUGUCGUGUCUCAGACCCUGGACAUCCACUACCACCCUAACAGCAAGCGGCAGAACCACCUGCAGCUGGAGAACAAGGCCACACGGACCAUCAGCAUCAUCAUUUCUGUCUUUGUGCUGUGUUGGCUGCCAUACUUUGUCCUGAACGUGUGGCUUGCUGCCAGGGGCAGCAACUCCGCAAGCACAGUCCUGGUUGAAACCUUCAAGAUCAUCACUUGGUUGGGGUACUGCAAUUCCACUAUCAACCCCGUGCUCUAUGCUUUCCUCAACAGGGACUUCCAGCGGGCACUGAGGAAGCUGCUCAUCUGCAGGCACAGGUCUCAGGUGGACAUUGGAGAAGACAUGGUUUCCAUAGCCACCUUCACCAAGACUGCUCCAGACUUGGACUACAGCAUUACAGUGCCAGUGCCCAGUGAUGCCCAGCAGGGCAAGCCCAAGCAGUAGAGUCCAGAACCAGUUACUGGAGGAGGUGGUACAGAACAUUCAAGAGCGUGUCCUAAUGUAAGAAUAAGUGUCUUGAAAACAGGGGAAGAAGGGACUGGAAUGUGACAGCUGGGGGCAUAUGGUUAAAAUGCAAUUAUACCACAGUUCUAUGAACAAGAACCAGUUGGCUACAGCAAAUGGAGCAAAUUCCUUCCUGGGUAAUUAUUUUUUAAAAUGCGUACUUCCUAAGACAAAUUCAAUCUUCAUGCUAGAGAAAUAUUUCGGUAUAACAUCAACUUGACUUCCUCUGUAUACAUCGUGGUCACUUCCUACAGCUUAAGUUGAAACAAUCUCUCUGAUCCAGCAAUUAUAGCUCUUGCACUUUACAUUAUAAAUUUAACCAGUUUUAGUAGUGCACCUGUGUCAUUCUGCAAAGGGGAGGUGAUGGGAAGGAUGUGGUUAAAGAGCAAAGUUGGUGUUCAAUAAAGGCAGCACGGGGCUCAGCUGCACUCUGAGCUGCAGCUUACAGGUGCCCAACACCAGCAAAGUUACUUCCCUGUAAUGCACUGUGAAGUCUGUGCAGCUCUGCCAUGAGCUGAGCUAUACAGCACUGAUGGAGCACACACUUGUAAAAAUGCUGAGAUACCUCAUGCCUUGCUUCCUGCUCUGUCUGUAUCUCGUUUCCUUGCAGCAUUGGGCAAGUACAGGACCAGAAAGUAAACCAGUUACAGAUACAGACUAGCUGCCAGUUCCAGCU